AUGGGUGAAUCAGCAACAGCAACUCCCACUCCCAUUCAUGAUCCCGCUCCUUCUCCUACUCCUACUCAUACUCAAGCUAGUAGUGUUGGCAACAUGGUGGUUGAUUUAGAAAAGGAAGAAGAAAGUGAAGAAACAUACUUGGCACGAUUGAAGGAAAAAGAAGGGCUCCGGCAUGUGGAAGGAGAUGGGUUCAAGUAUUUUGUGUCUAGGCUCAACCCCGAUUGUGUGGCUCCUUCUCACAAGACAAUAGCAAAGCUGGUGUUCAAGAGGUACUUGGCGGAAAAGGAGAACUUGAAGAAGAUGUUGAGUAGAUAUCGAGUGUAUUUAACAACGGAUACAUGGACUUUGGUUCAAAAUAUUUACUAUAUAGUGAUCACAGCACAUUUCAUUGAUGACAAUUGGUUGUUACACAAGAAGAUCAACAACUUUAGUGCAAUUCACAAUCACAAGGGAGAGACUAUUGCAGUGGUGUUGGAGAGUUGUUUGCAAGAGUGGGGUAUAGACAAACUCCUCACUAUCACGGUGGAUAAUGCAAGUGCAAAUGAUGUGGAAAUUAGAGAUCUUAUUAGAAUGAUGAAUUCUUGGGGAAUCCAAAUGUCAUUAUGCAUGAAGGCCAAAUUUGCAAAUGAGCUUAUUCGUUCGGCGGUGAGGUAUGUUAGGUCUUCCCCACAAAGACUUGACAAUUUCAAUAUGUGGAAAGAGAUGAUGAAAAUUGAUGGGAAAUUGGGUGUGAUUAUGGAUGUUCCGACUAGGUGGAAUUCGACUUACUUGAUGUUGAGAUCUUCCUAUAAGUUCCACAAAGUCAUUGAUAUGAUGUUUUGUGAUGAUCCUAAUGCUAUAUCAUUUUUUGACGACACCACUCCAUCCAUUCCAAGUAGUUUUGAUUGGGAAGAAGCACAAGGCUAUAUGGAUUUUUUGAAGCCGUUUUAUGUUGUCACCUUGAAGGUAUGUUGUUCUCAUUAUCCUUCAAUCCAUGAUAUAUUUGGUGGUUUGCUUCGAACUAAAUGUCUUUUAGAAGCACAAGUUAAUCCAAAUUUGAGUUGGAUCAGAGAACCUAUGACAAAAAAGUAUAAUAAGUAUUGGGGUGAUUUGGAUAAGUUGAAUAAAUAUAUCUUCAUUGCUAUUGUACUUGAUCCUCGCUAUAAGUUUGAGAGAGUGGUUGAUUAUUUUGAGAUUUUAUUUGGGGAGAUGGAUGAGAGGGUGGAGGUGAACUCAAAUAUGGUGAAAGACCUCUUGUAUGAUAUUUAUAAGGUUUAUGAGGAAGAUGGAGGAUUUAGUGUUGGUGGUUCUCAAGUGUCUAAUGAGGGGAAUGUAGGGAGUUCAACUUCAAUGGAGGGUUUAAUAGAGUUUGAUAAAUUGUUGAAGGAGAAAUAA